GGCACCGGCGGGAUCGGGAUCGCUCGGGCGCAGCCGGCGCGUGCCCGCGGCCGAGGGAGCGAGCGAGGGGAGGGAGCGCGCGCUGGGCUCGGGCCGCGCACGGAGCGUCUCGGCCGGAGCAGCGCAGAGAGUCGGCCCCGCACGGAGCCCGCGCCCAUCGGGGGAGCCAAGGCCGCCUCAGCGGGUCCCGCCCUGCCCGGCGCACACAGACAUGAGCCGUCAGACUGCCACAGCACUCCCCACGGGUACCUCCAAGUGCACACCGUCGCAGCGGGUGCCCGCGCUGACGGGCACCACAGCCUCCAACAAUGACUUGGCCAGUCUCUUUGAGUGUCCCGUGUGCUUUGACUAUGUGCUGCCACCGAUCCUGCAGUGUCAGAGUGGCCACCUGGUUUGUAGCAACUGUCGCCCCAAACUUACGUGCUGUCCAACCUGCCGAGGCCCGCUGGGCUCCAUCCGUAACCUGGCUAUGGAGAAAGUUGCCAACUCUGUACUAUUCCCAUGUAAAUACGCCUCUUCCGGCUGCGAGAUAACUUUGCCGCACACGGAAAAAGCAGACCACGAGGAGCUGUGUGAGUUUAGGCCUUAUUCUUGUCCGUGUCCCGGUGCUUCAUGUAAAUGGCAAGGCUCCCUGGAUGCUGUGAUGCCACACCUGAUGCAUCAACACAAGUCAAUUACAACACUGCAGGGAGAAGAUAUAGUGUUCCUGGCUACGGACAUUAAUCUUCCUGGUGCUGUUGACUGGGUUAUGAUGCAGUCUUGUUUUGGCUUCCAUUUCAUGUUAGUGUUGGAGAAACAGGAGAAAUAUGAUGGUCACCAGCAGUUCUUUGCAAUUGUACAGCUGAUAGGAACACGCAAGCAAGCAGAAAACUUUGCUUAUCGACUCGAGCUAAAUGGGCAUAGGCGGCGAUUGACUUGGGAAGCAACUCCUCGGUCCAUCCAUGAGGGAAUUGCAACAGCCAUUAUGAAUAGUGACUGCCUAGUCUUUGACACCAGCAUUGCACAGCUCUUUGCAGAAAACGGCAAUUUAGGCAUCAACGUAACUAUAUCCAUGUGCUGAAACGGCAAUCAAACCUCUUCAGGCCAGUGUUUAAACCGUUGCAUUUAAUUUAGCAGAAACUAGGGUAACCAUCUUUGACUGUCAGACAAAUUCUUUGGUAGAUGGAGGGUAGACAUAAAUGAAGGUAAAUAAAAGGAAAGGCUGUUAAAUUACAGGAAGCAGUUGCAUGUAGUAACUAAUAUAUUUAAAAUAAGUCAACAGUAAACCACUGAAAAUAUAUAUACACCCAAAAUGGGCAUCUUUUGUAUUAAGAAUUGAUUCUACAGGAAAUGUUGUAAAAUAAUUCUAAAAACUUGUUUGUAGAUUGAUUGUACUGUUGAAAAGGAUACUGUUUCGUGUUUUUGUUUGUGUUUUUUUCCUCCCCCUUUGACUGACAAGCCAUGUUGAGCGGUCUGGUCUCUGGCCGCUGCUUCCCCUCCUCCUCCCACCCCCUCUUUGUAAGUCACUACAUAGUAUUGCUGCUGUUUGUGUAUAUUUUUUGUGUAUUUGCUAAUUUUUAUUAACUUCUAGUUUUUCAUUAAAUAAAUAUGACUUUCUUUUCUGUAAUUCAGGUUUUUCUCUUUUUUGUAUCUUUUUAAAAUUAAUUACAGGUGUCAUCUUUUGAUAUGCAUAAUUGCUAUGGUAAAACUUAUAUUUCUGUAUGUUUGGUAAAUUUUGUCUCUUUCCAGUAGUCAAUUCAUUGGUGAUACUGUUCUUAAUUGAGCUAUUUGUGAAUGUACUGAACUCGAAAGGAGUGCUUAUGUUCAAAGAUGUGUCAGGAAAGACAGCUCCUUUAAAAACAGGCCUAGAUGUUGUUGUACUUUGAGUUAUCUUCUAACAAAAAUGAACAAUUAUUAAGAAUUUUCCGAAUUUAAAAAAAAUAAUAAUUCACAUUUCAAAUUUAGAGAUGCUUAGAAACUUGAUUGCAUCCUUGUAUUUGUUGGUUUGCAGUACAAAGAAGGUAUUGUAUUACACAGUAUUUGUAAUUAUAAAAGCAGACCAUUUGUUUAAAAAAAAAAAGGCAGGCAGUGAGAUGUUUUCAGUCUUUUUAUAUUUGUCAUUAAAAGAAUACCUGGCAAAUUAAAGAAAACACAGCCAGCUUCUGCUUUUUGCUUUAGCUCAAAGUUUGACACAUUGAUGCUCUUGCUCAGUUUCUUGUUUCCGUGUCUUUUGGUUGUUACUAAAGCAACUGUCUGGAAGUGACUUUUGUAUAUCAUUAUGGUGACCUGAUACACAUGACAGUGCAGAUGAAUCUCUUGCAGGUGUUUCACCAGCCCUAAAGGCUCUGUUUGGGCUUUUUGCAGACUGCCUGUAGGUGAAAACCUUAACCACAGCUGUAUGUGGCAUUUGUGUUACAGAACAGAGACAGACAGAAAAGGGGAAAAGCUGCUUCAUCUCAAGUGUUGGAAAGAAAUCUGCUAGUCUAGCAGACGCCCCUUGGGGAGGUAGUCUGGCUAUCGAUACUUUUGUAACACAUUAAAAUAUGGUUUAUUUACUGUGCACUGUCUUAACUUUCUUAUGAGAAGUUGAUCUGUUAAGACAACUCGUUAUUAUUUUGAUGCAUGAAGAGGUAAGUAGUUCCACAGGUAAGGAACAUAAAAUCCAUUGGGUUGGAUUAUUAAAGUACUACAGAAAUAGUUGGCUUCAUGUAGUAAAAGUUUCACUCUUAAAAUUUGAUACUUAGGCUGUUUGACCUGUGCACAGAUGUAAUUUAAAAGAUGUACUGGUACCUUGUGACAGUAGAUAAGUGCUUCCAAAAGUCCUGCAAUCUAGCUUUUUUUUCUUCUUUUGAAUAUACAACUGUUUGCAUUUUGCUAAAUUCAGUAAUUAUUCUCACCUAAACAAGCUUGUCACAUUUACCUCUGUUUUGUCUUCUGGUCUUUGACAGACUUUUGGCAAAAUACUUCAGAUCUUUUAGAGGAGGCCACGGGUCCCCUGCUCACUGGUGCCUGGCUGGCUGGACUGAUGUCCUCCUGCCAGCUGAGCUGCCUCCAGCUCUGGUUUUUUUAGGGGAAGGCAGGGGAGAACCCGAGGGUUCCCUCCAGCCUGACACGUGCCCUGGGAGAGGCCGGGGCUCUGCAGGCACAGGUGUGUAGGGCUGGGCACUGUGUCUGGAGGGGUUCAGCCUUGGGUUGUGUCCCCAGGAGAACUGUGACUCUGAGAACCUUGUUGUGCUGAUCUGCAGUGAGUUUAUCUAGGCUGGGAUGGCCUGAAGGUCAAGACUGUACUUCUGAAGGGGACUUCAAGAGUGGCAUUUGCAAUGAGCUCCAGGAGCUGACUGGUGUGGUCAGACAGGUUGGUUCAUGUCUUACAGAUGACAAAUGCUAUAGCAUAACUACUGUAUGCUGACUUACUGUAAUGUAAAAUAGUACCAUUUGGUGUUUAAAAAUAAAUCUGUAUAAAAUGCUCAAUGUCCAUCAUCAGAUGGAAUGAUUAAAGAAAUUACACUUAGGCCCAGAUCCUCAAAAGUAUCAGGAGCCUAAUUCAGUGGAUCUCCUCUAAAGAGUGUGAGGAUCUGGUAAGUCAACUACACUGUUAUAUAUGAAAAAAAGAAAACAUACUAGAAAUCUGUACAGUUUACUACCUUAUCUAAAAUAAAUGGUGUAUUAAAGCCUGGCAUUGUCUUAACAUUAGCUAUUUAUUUUAGAAAGUGCUGUUUUACUUUGCUGUAUUGGGAAAGCGUAUUCAGAUUUGUCUCUAAAAGAUGAAAUGCAGUAGACCUUGCAUUUGUCUGCUUGCACUACCUCUGUGGUUUUCAUUGCCCUUUAAAAAGAAAGCCUUAAAAUGUUUGACAAAUGUGGAUGUAAAUAUUCGGGUUCUGUUGUGACAGUUCCUGCUAGUUCUUGUUUGCAGUAGUGCUUUAAAAUUAAAGCAGGUGAACAGUUUUGUA